AUGGCGUCGACCCUUUGGAAGAGGCAAGGAGGUCCCAUAGGAGACAACAACAACCAAGGAUACGGAGGAUACAACGGUUACGACAGCUACGAUGAUGGAGACGUCGACUGGUGGUGGACUUCUCACCCGCAGACCGGUAUGGCCGUGCGCUACGCCAUCGUCGCCAUCCUCUUCGCCGCCCUCCUCCUCUUCUUCGUUGGCGGCUAUUACCACGCCCAACGUCGCGUCCGCCGAGGUCUCCCACCGCUCACAUACCACCGCUGGAUGGUGAGGAGAUCGUACUACUACCCUCCGCAGCAGCAACCGCAGUACCCAUAUCCGGCUCGGAAUAGCUACGGCAUGGAGGGAUACCCGCCGCCUCCGCCUGCGUACAACAACUAUGAAGCGCCGCCGCCGGUAUACCAGCCACCACAAGGAGCGAGCAAGGCGAUGGCGGACCAGAACUGGCGGGAGACUGGCAGACCUGGUGAGGGGAGUGGUAGCGCUGGAGUUGCGGCACCUGGGCCGGCUGCGCAGUAG